CAAUAAUCCAAAAUCUCUGUUCAAAAUUAAUGAAGUAGUUUGGACUUUGGUAGUAACUUCACCAAAGCACAGAUCUAAUAUAUGUCAGAGAACACUUCUCAACGUGAAGGACAAUCUCAGCAUUGACCCCUUUGAAUUUCGGGAACUGUGUUCGUAAAAUAUUAGUAAUUUUAACAUCCGUACCCUCAUCCACCAAAUAUGUCACACAUUUUUCACAAUUAUUACGUGUAUGUAGACUUCAACUUGUUUCGAUUUUCCGAAGUGUAUUAAAAGUUGGAAAACUUACGUAACAAUUUCAAAGAGCGACUUAUUUCGACGAUAUUUUAUUAGUUUGUAAAAACGUUCCUUAAAUUGCCCGUAGUGCAAUAUUCAGUUCAAUUAAUUAGCAGAUAUCUAACUCGCAUUCUGCUUCUUUAGCUUCAAGCAGUUUUUCAGAAUUUAACCUCCAACUUUGGUUUAAUUUUUGUUUUUAUCACAGCACAACCAUAUUAAAAAGUGUCGAAGGAUCCCUGUUUAAUAAAAAUACGUCAAAUACAUCAUAGCAAUAAGAUGCCGAUAAAACCCAAAUUACAACGCGUCUUCGUGACGGAUGGUGUAUUGAAUACGUAGUACACCAAGACCACAACAACAAGUCGGGAGUUGAAAGGCCAUCUGCCAUUUUGGAUAUCUAGUGAUUUUUAUGGUGUUUCUGAUUAAUCCUUCCAAAAUAGAGUACAACAGAGAGAUUAUCAACAAAUGUUUAAAUGGACGCAUCGUCCAUCAUAACACAGGUGUCACGGGAUGACGAACAAUUGAGUAAUUUUUCUCCUGAGAAAGUUCAGUUGCCAAGGGUGGAAAAUGAAUUGUCACUACCAGGACAAGCCGGCAAGAAGCCCCGCCGGGGUUUGCUGCGAACCUUGCUGUGCUGCUUCAGCCGUCCACCUGGGCCUAAGGGAUCAAAGGGCUCCUAUGGAGCAGAGGGCAGGUGUUCCCCUCCGCUCAGCCCUGGCUCCCCACGCUACCUCCUCCCUACGGUCCGACACCAGGAUAUGCACAAAAAGUGCAUGGUGAUUGAUUUGGAUGAAACUUUGGUCCAUAGCUCUUUUAAGCCUAUUAAUAAUGCUGACUUUGUGGUCCCUGUGGAAAUAGAUGGAACCGUACAUCAGGUGUAUGUUUUGAAGAGGCCGUAUGUGGAUGAAUUUUUGCAGCGAAUGGGUGAAUUAUAUGAAUGUGUCCUCUUUACUGCCAGUCUGGCAAAAUAUGCUGAUCCAGUGGCAAAUCUGCUUGAUCGAUGGGGUGUAUUUCAAGCCCGACUUUUUCGGGAGUCCUGUGUGUUUCACCGAGGCAAUUAUGUGAAGGACCUUAAUAAGCUUGGUAGAGACCUUCAGAAAGUAGUAAUUGUAGACAACUCACCUGCUUCCUAUAUCUUCCAUCCAGAUAAUGCUGUGCCUGUUGCGUCGUGGUUUGAUGACAUGACUGAUUCUGAACUCUUGGAUCUGAUCCCAUUCUUUGAGAAAUUGAGCAAAGUGGACAAUGUGUACACUGUUUUGUGCAACUCCAAUCACCCUUACAACACUAACUCUGCACCCACGGUCACCACAGCCAGCAUGCAGCCUCAGCAGAUGCAGCAUACCAACCUUCAGGUGAAUAACCACACAACUUUAAAUGCUGGCUCGUAGCCCCUUGCUUGGACCAUCUGUUUCCAAACAAGUCGAGAUCCAAGAAGGCAGAGUUUUAGCUUUCCUACUAUGUAAAUAUAAUGUCCUGGAUUCCAGACGUAUAUCAACUUUUCAACCAAUCUUCGCUGUGGUGACAAGAGUUGAACUCCUGGAGCAGUGCGAUAGCUACUUCAGUCUUGAACUGUUUAUUCACAACACUAGAUGAUGGUGUUAAUAUGUGUUCUCACCAUCACAAUUGUAUUGCAACAUUUAACUUUUUCCACUUCGGCGAGACAGAAUUCUGUCAAAAAUUUUAUCCAACAGUCCAAGUGCCAAUAUUGCCUUCUUGAUGCAUCAGUAUUCCUUAUCAGCACAGAAAGUAAGAAUUCAAGUAGAUGAAGUGUGUGUGUUCUUGGUUCUAUUGCCCUCAACAGAAUUCUUCAGGAAAAGUUUCCAGUUAUUUUUGCUGAUAAAAAAAUUUUUUAUAACUGCUUCUGCUCCCUCAUAGUAUAGAACUGUAUGUUUUGAUAAGACAAGAGAGAACCAAAUCCUUUACUUCUUUUAUAACCAGGGGAAUCUUGUAUAUUCUAAUCAAUAUUUGCUUGUUAAACUUUAAUGAUAGUAUGAUUUUAAUUCAAGGAGAUAUUAUUGAAUUUGGUGUGUAUAGAUAUAGAUCCUGGGCAGUGAUCAGCUAUGUGACUAGACAUCAAAGGUGUGAUCGGAUCCAAUAAUUUUCUUUUUAACAAACAGUCCUGCAGCAGGAAGAUAAGUGAAACAGGAAUGCUCAGGAAAGUUUGGUGCUAUUUUUCUUAAUCUGUUAGGAACAUGUAGUUUGGCAGAGGCUGAUAAGGAUUGAAUAUGUUAACAAUGUACUGUCUGUGGAGUAUGCACAAGACAGUGAAUGGUAUGGUUUAACAGUGUCAUGGAGACAGUAUGAAAACAAGAUAAGUUUGUGUUCCUUAGUUACAUCAAUCAGUGUGACAGUUCUGGGGAAACCUAGAGUGAGAAUUCAGUACAUAUGCAUAAAAAAAGAUGGCGCUAGCACAGCCUACUCAGUGUGUGGUACCACAUAACUAUUUGCAUUAUAAAUGUGAAUUAUCUGAUCUUAUAUAGUGGCCUUAAACCAGCAUGUUGACAUGACAGUCAGUAAUGUUGGUUGUGUGAUUUUUGCAAUAUCACAGCAGUUUUUACACAGCUUCUCAGUAUUUUUACUCUUUGGCUUUUUCAUAUUAUGAUGUUAACUUGAUUGCAUUUCUCAUAAUCUUGUUUUCAUUCUGGUGGCGGUUGCCGUUUUCUUUUAUCUCAGGCAACUCUCCUUUAGUUUUAUCUCCUGCAGUACAAAUGUACAUCACAGUGUUUGAGCCAAUGAGACAAUGUAGAGCUCACUAAUCAUUUAAAGAGGUAUGUAUUUUUUGUGCAUAUUUAACCCUGCCAAGAUUAUUGUAUAGUUGAAAGGGUUGUUGUAAUGUUUGGGAUAUUGUUGAUUGACGUUGAUAUAUCCCGUUUACUACUGUUUAAUAAGAAUCCCAUGAACCAUAGAGUACCUUGUUUAAUUUGGAGUUGGUAGAAUUGUACAGAUUGUAAUGUUUUAUUUUUCUGCCCUCUGGCUUGUAAUCUACUGCUGUACUCUUAUUGCUUAUUUGUUCACAGAUGUACUUAGUAGGUAGGUCUCUCACCAAGCAGGUUCAUAGCUGUUGGUUCGGCAGCCAUUGCGAAUGGUUAUUUUUAUGAUUUGAAGUAAAUGUAUUUGAAGUGUUCCUGUGGAUCUAAUUAAAUUUUUUAAAAGAAUAUUUGUAUUAAAUGUUCUAUAUGGCUUACAGAAAUAUGUUAAACACAUGAAUGCACAAUUUAUACAGAGCAAAUAAGUAGCAUGACAAGUGUGAACUAGAGAAUUCGAAAGUAAGUGGAACAUACAUGUAAUUAUGUAUCUGUAUGUCAAAGGAUGAACCUUGAUGUUUUUAAAAGAUACAAAUAGGCCUUGACUUUUCAAUUGGUUGACCUUGUGCCAAAUUAUGGAAUUGAAUGCAUUAUGUAUUACUUGUUUGUCAUAUUCAGUAAAAGUGUAUUUGCAUGGACACAGGCACUUCUGCUUUCAAUGUUUGUUAUUUGUCUUGCAAAAAAAACUGCAUAUUGCUUACUGGAACAGAUGUGACGACAUACUACUUGCGUAUGUUACAGAGAUAUAGUAAUUAGUGUAAAUUUUAUGUACUUGACACCCAAUUUGGGGCAAUUUUAAAAGAUAGCCAAUAUUAAUUGGUUCAUAUUGAACAUACUUCAUGAUCUACAUUAUUAAUACCACCGAUGUUAUUGAAAUUUUCUUGUAGUUGUUUAUAUUUGUACAUUCAUAUUAUCAUAUUUAUGCUGUAAUAAUAAGAUAUUUCGCAUUGCCGAACCAGCUGGUUUUAUCUUCUGAUGAUGAUUUGUACAUAAAAAAUUAUCUAGUAAAUACUCUGCAAUCGAUUUAAGCUAACCCUCGGGCUGGUGCAGGAGAUAUCGGUAGGUGCUUCCAUUGAGCUGGUAUGAAGAAUCAUUGCUCAAAGGUAUCAACAGUUUCAAUAUUGAACCUAGCCUUACAGCUGAGAGUUCAUGUGCUAAUACCAUAACAAAGGUUAUACAUGGUAUUCUUUUUAUUAACAUUGGAAAAAGCAUUGCGACUAAUUUGUUUUACCUAUCUCUUCUGCUGUGUUGAAAGAUGUGGUACAUGAUUCUGCUGUACAGUUUAAAUAUUGUACAAACAUUUUGUAUGAUUUUCAGAGUUGGGAAUAUUAUCAUAACGCCUUUGAUUUGUAAAUAAACAGCAUUAUUAUUUCUAUGUUAUUUUCUUAAUGAGAAAUAACCAAUUGCCGAAACUCCAGUUGCCCAAAUCCUGACUGGAAGUAAUGGAACUAAAAUAUGAAGGCAUACACGAGAUAUUUAUCCCUCUGCAGUAACAUGAAGAAAGCAACAUUCACUGGUAACAUGUGAUAUGCCACCCCAAACUAACCAUGUUAUAAAAAAUAUAUAUUAAUAACUUUUUAUCAUGUUAAUUGUUUUUCAUUGUUAGAACUUUGUUGUUCUGUAAAAUGUACAAUCAUAAAAAAUAACAUUUACCUACAAAUAUAGCACUUCUAGUACUCUAAAACUCUCAAUAAAAAUGUCUCUUCAGAGACCAUUACAUGCUGAUUUACCACAUACUCAUCAUACUGUUUUCACUUGUGUUUUACAUCUGCAGCAUAAUACACAUCUUCAUUUUUUGUUGUAAUCUCUGUGAUAUUUCUUUUUGACUUAGUCUGUAGUUCCUCUUGCUCUGAAAAGAAGUGAGAUAAUUC